AUGUCAUUUGUCAAAAUUUUGAUUUGUUGAUAAUUAAAAAAAAGUGUAAAAGAAAGGCGAGAAUAAUUGUGUUUUUCUCCGCAAAAAUCCUAGUUUUUUGUAGUGUCUUUAUAGUGUUUAUACUGUAAAUCUUUACACUAUAGACGAUCGAUAUUAAAUAUAUAAGAGACAUGUUCUUUGUUUUAAUAAAGAAUUAAUUGUUGAAGAAAAUGAGUGAAAAGACGACGAGAUUUAUUAACUCCGGCGCGGGAGCGUCCGCUGUUCCGAAUAAAAUGCGACUCUAUGCCACUUGGGUCGAUAGAACACCCUCCAAUUGUAUUCCUAGAUUAUGCACCCUAACUCUGACAAGACUGCAAAUUUUAAAGCCCCUAGGGUCAGAUAUCACCAGCAUUUCUAUAGCAGUAAAAAUGCAAUCCAGCAAACGGACUUUGCGUUCCAACGAACUGAUAUUGGCUUCGAACGGUUCUCUGGAUACACCUCUUGAUGUUACUUUUUGCCUUCAAUAUCCACACUUUUUAAAGCGUGAAGGCAAUAAGCUUCAUAUUUUAUUGCAAAGGCGGAAGAGGUACAAGAACAGGACUAUGCUUGGAUUCAAGACGUUGGCUGAAGGAAUUAUUCGUAUGGAUCAGGUUCUUCAAAAACCGUUGGAUUUGGAACUAGACUUGACAACAACUGAAGGUGCUGGAAAAGAAAAAGUUAUCGCUUCAUGUGCUCGAUUGUAUAUCCUUCAAGUAAGUUCAACACCCAUCGAUCAACAAGAACACAAGGCAGAUCGCGAUCACGAUUUCAGUGACGACGACGACGAAAUAUCAUCGGGAGAAGAAGAAGUUGGCGAUUUGUCCGACAGCGAACCAAUAAGGACGAAACUGCCCCACACUGGACAUAAUCUCAAACAGCGAUUCGUGUCAUUGUUGCGCCGAUUCCGAGUGCCAGAUUCUGAGGGUGGUCGUGGUGCAGAUCUGGAUAAUCCCAGCGAUAUCCAAGCCCUGUUCCACGAGUUGGAAUCGUUAAGUUGCGACGAUGAUUCUGGUGCUGAACAGGACACAAUGUCUAUCACAAGCACGCCAAAACCGAGUUUACGGCCGUUUUUUAGUAGUAGCAAAAGUCUGCUCGAAUCUUCUGCGUCCACAACUGUUCCUUAUAUCGAAACUGAGAGGAUUGGUGAUGAAAAAACAGCUUCUGGAAGUGACGGCAAUGCAGAUCUUUGUUUUACCGAUCCCGAGGCCCAUAGCGAUCCACAGACAGGUUCUCCACCUCGCGAACAAGCAAAUGCUAAAAAACAACCAGUUGACUACGAAUAUUCAGGUAUAAUCCAAGAGUUGAGCGAGAAAAAAUCUAAAUUAUUUAGGACGUCCGCUUCAGCUGGAAAAAAGAAAAAUUCAUUAAGCGUCAGCUCCGAUAUUCCUGCUGUUCCAGAAGUUAUCACUGUCCGCAAAGGAUUUUUGGAACAAAUUGCGAGACUCUUGCCGCCCGAGGAAAUAAUUCUUCCUGAAUGUAUUGUGCUAAUCUUGGGUCCGACUGAAAAUAUUUCUUCGAGUUUAUCAAAUAGACUGUCCUCAAAUCAACAAACUUCACUUAAAAUUUUCCAGCCGAUGUCUGGAAUUGAAGUUAAGGCGGUUCUUAAUGCGAUUUUUUCAAAAAUUCAUAAAUACUGUAAUAGUUGCACCAAUAAACCCACAACACCCAUCAAAAUGGUACUAAUUGGCGCUGAUCCAUUAAUUGGCUGGUUUGUUCGUCAUUUUGUAGAAAUUCUCUCAAGCAAACCUUCUGAAUGGUUGGCUUACAUACGAAAUUUCAUUGUGCCCUUUGCUGUCAAUUGUGCUGUUAGCAGGCACUUGGCAACAUUGGACUCAGUGUACAUGGCUAUGUUUCCGCCCAAUGAAUGUCUUAAUGAACUGAAAGUGGACGAAGUUGCUCAAAAAGUGAUUCGGUACAUAUCUGUACCACCUUCUGCUCCAUUGGCCCAAUUGCCAAUUGGAGAAGCCAUGUUGACUUGCUAUGAUGAAACUAGUCAGUUAUUUAUUCCAUUUGUUAAUGAAGUUCGAGUUGGUCCAGCAGAGAGUAGCAUCCUUUUAGCUUCUUCUGUGGACAUGGACGAUGUUAAUAAUUUUUCAUCCGGCAGUAGUCCAGCUACAGCUACUCCCUCUUUAACGCCACCCUCUUCGCCCAACGUGCAAGUGCGCGAGUCGCCCUGGGAACCACUUGAAUUGCAAAUCGAUUAUUGGCAAAUGCCUUCAAAGUAUAACGAAAAUAUUAUUUUCAAGGCUGAGAAAGAGAAGGAUAAAACUAAGACAGAUGGGAAGACGUCGCUCAAGGGUGUGUUUAGAGGGCUGCAAGCUUUUCCCUCUAGUACGUCGGGUCUUGUUGUCAAUAUGCAUAUUGCCAACAAGGAAAAGAAACAGAAAAUUAUGAGAUUAGGCAAAAAGAAGGAAAAAGAAAAGGAAUCCGAACCAAAACGAUGCCAAAACGUGGAGGGAGUAUCUAGGCUAAUAUGUUCCGCACGUGCUUCACAUUCUACUCCAAUGAGAGUAUACAUCGACGGAGUAGAAUUCAAUGGCGUCAAGUUCUUCCAGUUAAGCUCCACAUGGCAGACGCACGUUAAAAACCUAGCAGUAUCGCUAGUGGGCGUUCCAUUGGCCACAACCGAAAUGAACUGAAACUAAUUUGCUAAAUAAAUAAAUGAAUACUCUGUUUAGAGGUGAUUUUGAUGUAGCAGUAACUUUUCUUUGUAGGCUUUUUUAGAUGACCUACUGAGCCGUAUUGAAAUAUUAAUGUAGGAAUGUUAACAAAAUCACCUUUGGUGUUUAAUUAAUGAAAUAAUAUUCAAAGCAAGUGCUGGUUAUCUAAAAAUCAUCAUGCAAUACUUUUAACUGUUUCAUUUUAUUUAUGUACUCAAUUAAAUAUCGCUUUCAAACAACGUAUGAGAUUUAUAUAACAUAUCAAGGGGGUAUUAGUAACUUCCUCUAGGAUUCAAAGUGUAAUCUUAUUUUACAAAAUACAGCAUAAAAAUGGGCUUGAUAGUAAAGUGUUGGCAAUCAAGUUAAUUUUACGUUAACUAAUACGCUUACAUACAUACUAUAACAAUAUCUAAUUAAAAAAAAGAAAUAUAUCAGUAUUUUUGCUCAUUUUAGCGAUAAUGGAUAAUUUUAGAUAACCAAUACAUAUUUAGAAGGAAUGUUUUUUUGUAUAAUACUAAUAACGAUACAUAAUGUGUGUAUUGCAUUUUAAUAUAAGGUAGUAUUUGCUUUGAUUGUAAGGGUUGCUUCUAGUCACCACAAAAAAAAAAAUGGACUGAGUUUAAAUAGUCCCCGUUGUUGACGUCGACAAUACAUUCUGUUUUUAAAAGAAAAGCUCAAAGAAAAUACGUUUAAUAGGUAAAACCGCGUUAUUAAUGUGCUUUGAUAUUCAACAAGAAUAAUGUACUAAAUUAAUAAAAAUAAUAGACUUAUGAUAUAUAAGAAUACUCUCUAUAUGUGAUAUAGUUUUUAGUAUUAGUAUUUGAUUUUUUUUUAAAUAAAUUAUUCAUAUCAAGAGUAUGCUUAGAUAAAAAAAUAACGAAGGAUUUUUUAAAAAUCAACAUAAAUAAUUAUAAGGCAACUUAAGAAAUAGGCGAGCUGUGCAUUUGUAAAAUAAUAUGUCAUCUUUUAUACUUGUAUAAACAAUAAUGAAUAUACAAUUACCUCACCAACUUAAUAAUGUUUUUCCUAAGAGAAGAAUGUGAUAAUCUCCAAAUUAAAUCAAAAUUCUAUAAAAUCUGACUUAAAAGUGGAUGACAUAAACAAAUGCAAUUGCCUUAAUAAAGAGUAUUAUUAGAAUGCGCGCAUUUGUUAACUUUGAAAAGAAAAAUUGUUUUCUUAUAAGGUAUGUGUAUCAAAUCACAAUUCUAGUUUGUGAUUAUUAUAGAUACACGUUUGAUAUGAUUGACAUACAAUAAAAAAAAUAAUUGAAACGUUUCUGUCCAUUUUUAAACUACUCGCUCCCCAUGUCAGUGGUAUUUAUUUAAAUUCCAUAUUUAUUUUAGGUUGAUUUUAUUUUUAUAUAUUAUGAUGGAGAGUUCUAUUUGUUAUUAAUUAUUAUUAUUGUGAUAAUAUAAAAAUGUUUACUGCAUGUAUUCCUAUUUUGCAAAAAUAUAAACAACUUAUGUCAACUAUGUGAAA